AUGGCCGAGCCGAUCAUAUCGAGGACUCCAGACCCCUUGCCAACAAUAACAUUCCCCCCAACAGCCCCUCACACUCACACAGUCAUAUUCCUCCAUGGACGCGGCGAUAACAUCACGGCCUUCUCCAAAGCCAUCCAACGAUGGCGCGGUUCAUACGGCCGCUCCCUGCCCGAGCUCUUCCCCUCCUUUCGCUGGGUCUUCCCGCAAGCGCCCAUGCGCCAGGUGGUUUCGCUGAGCCGCGUGCCCAACGGCCCUGUUUACUGGCCUCAAUGGUUCGACGUGUGGAACGCAAGCGACUUCUCUGAGCGCGAAGAGCACCAGCUCACAGGACUGCGCGAGAUGGUUCCACUCAUCCGCCGAAUCAUUCGGCGCGAGGCCGAGGCCCUCGGCGGCCGUUGGGACCGUGUCGUGCUCGCCGGCAUUAGCAUGGGCGGCGCGACGAGCUUGCACACGCUAUUUAAUCUUUCUGUGCCGGAGGAAGGAGGCGGCAGACUGGCUGCGUUCAUGGCGUUCUGUGCUCGGUGUCCGUUUGCCGGACGCGAUUUGGAGGGAAUGAGAGUUGUCUUGGGUCUGCCAAAGGAUAUUGAGGGGCAACCGAGCCUAGGGGAAGAUGCCGUGCUUAGGAGAACGCCGAUGCUGCUGGAGCAUUGUGUAGAUGAUCCACUGGUGAAGAUAGAAAGGGGAAGGGAUUUGAGGGAUAUGCUGGUGGCGUUUGGUGCCCAAGUGGAAUGGAAGGAAUAUCCAAAUGGUGGGCAUUGGUUCCACGAGCCUGAGGGCUUAGACGAUGCAGCCUCCUUUUUGCAGCGGGUAGUGCUUGGAAACGAAGGUGAUCCCGCCGUUGGUAAGACAGAGAAGGACCAAACAGUGCAGCAUGUGGACGCGAUGGAUCUGUCAUAG